GUUAGAAGAUUAUUGUGGGUGUGGGGACGCUCCCCGGAACGCAACUCGGCCAAGUAAAUUCAGUGACUCAAAGUGCUCCAACUUCAUUCACCAGUUAAGGUCCCACGACGCCGGAGUCGGAGCAACGGGACCUGCGCCUUCAACAGCCUGGAUUAAGACACGUCAGAUUUAUUGAUCCCAGGUUUUAUCCUCUCCGGGGGCACUCCAAAAUGGAUUUUAAUUUUCAUAAAAAUGACUGAUUAUGUUGCUGAUGCUGAAUGGAUCACCUGAUUCUUGAUUUUCUUUUUGAAUGGGAUAAAAUAACCAUUGGGUACUCUGCGUUAACAAGGAAUUCCACUUUGAAGAUCUUGAACCAAAAAACUCUUUUCGAUUUUGCCUUACCUCCAUAAAUUCUUCCAGACUAGUAUACACGCUGAAUAACUAAGUUUAGCCUUACAAACGUUUCUUAUGUAGGCUUACACAACUCAGUGGUCUUUACUUCAUACUACCGAGUAGUGAAAUAUGUUCAAUCUACGUCUAGAUAAUCCAAAUUAUUAGUGCCUAAUACAACUUCUGUUGUCGCCGAACAGUUCCUGUUCUUUUUAAAUAAGGAGGUCGAGGGUCGUUAUAGUCGCUUAGAGCGAGGGAUGGUACUGGAUCCCACUCGUUUGGGAGCAGAGCCCCAGCUCCAACCGGAUGACCGUUUCUUAUUCUGGGACAACUCGAGACGCAAACGGAGAUGAUGGCUGCACUUUAUCGUUUACUUGUCUGCUACAUGUGCUUGCUUCACACUAUUGCCGAGGAGGUUCAAAUCCCUCAAGAACUCAUCGACAGACUCUCCAACAGUGAAAUCCGCAGCAUUAGUGACCUCCAGCGGCUACUCGAAAUGGACUCCUUAGAGAAUGAGGUUGUUCGUGAGACGAAGAAGAGAUACCACAAGGACUCGUACCAUGGUUUCCAUGGCGGCGACCUGAAGAGCCACCAGACGCUGUCUAGACGCAAGCGAAGUGUCGAGGAGGCGGUGCCGGCGACUUGCAGGACGCGGACGGUCAUCUACGAGAUCCCGCGCAGCCAGGUGGACGCCAGCGCCGCCAACUUCCUGAUCUGGCCUCCCUGCGUGGAGGUCAAGCGAUGCACGGGCUGCUGCAACACCAGCAACAUGCGCUGCCUGGCCUCACGCAAGCAGCACCGCAUCGUCAAGGUGGCUAAGGUGGAGUAUGUGCGUCGGGUGCGGAGGCCUAAGCUGCGGGAGGUGCAGGUCAAGCUGGAGGACCACCUGGAGUGCGUGUGCACCUCACGUCACCACGCCUACUCAGACUCAGACGUGUGGUGAAACAGUGGAGGCCAUUAUUUGUUGUGGACGUGGAUGUCAAGAACUGCCGCCAUCUUUGCUUUGAUGGUGGCAAAGACUCUGCCGGGAUGGCUGCAUCUAACAAUAUGAACAAUGCUAAUGCUAAUGCUAAUGGACCUGAAUACGGACAGGUGUGGUCUCUGCAGCACUCACGCUGUGCCACCACUGCCUGGAAAGGAUAUAUUGACGAAACCUGGACUAUGCCGAGAAAGACUGAAAUGCAAUGCCCUCGUUACAACAGAACUGUUUCCUGUGGACAUGGAGCGAUGCGUCGAACGUGGACUUCUUUUUUAAUGCAAGUGAGGAUCGUAAAGACAGUUUGAAGGUUGUUCACUAUGAGCGGAGGCUGGGUGACAGAUUUGUUCUGAGAAAGUGACUGACUGAAGAGAGAGAGAGAGAGGACAAAUGCGGAGCUAAUCUAAUUGUCUGAAAUAAAAGAUAUUCCUACA